CGCGUCUAAAGAGCAGGCGGUGGUCGUUUUGACAAUUUAUUGCUUGUUAUACCAAACGGACCUUGUUUUUCAAAAAUCAUACUGACAUCAUGCCACAUCGUUCAAAGCUAUCGGUCCUGGCAGAUUACGUGAGAUCACAUCGCGAUGAUUUAGACGAUUAUGGUCCGGAAGGGGGCGACGAGGACUUGGACAACCCUUUUGCAUCUCCAACCCCCCCGCCAGCAUCAUCAAGCAAGAAGAGAAAAGAGCCACCGUCUGGGCUGGGAAUCGAAGAGGAAGUCUCGGUGCAGAAGCGUGUGCGGGUGCCAAAUGUGAAGCUUGACGAAGAAAAACUCUUAGGCCCAGAUGGAAUCCCCACGCUAAGAAAAAGAGGAGAAAUGCUCAGAUUCAAAGGCAAAGGCCAUGAGUACAGAGACACAGCUCGCCUCCUCUUCCUCUACCAGCUAUGGCUCGACGACCUCUACCCCAAAGCCCGCUUCCUCGACGCCCUCGCCAUGGUCGAAAAGGCCGGCCACAAAAAGGCCCUCGUGGCGGCACGAGACGGAUGGAUCAACGAAGGGCGGCCCAAGGCGAGCAACGAUGAUGACGGCGAGCUGGGCAUUGGAGCCGUCACUAUCCAUGACGAGGACGAUUUAUACGAUGCCACACCUCGAGGGGCGACAAGAUUUGUGAAUAUGCUUCGUGAUGAUGUGCCAGCAGCAGCGGCGGCGGCGAAGACGAAUGACGAUAUGCCUGAUGAUGAUGAUUUGGAAGCGCUCAUGGCGGAGGCAGGGGGCCUGGGUAGUCGGAGGCUCCUUUUCCCCACGACAAAUACUGCUACUACCACUACCACAGCCCAAAAUACUAGUGCUGCUGCUGCCAGUGCAAAUGGCCCAGAAGACGACGACGACGACUAUCUAAACUCCCUCAUUGCAGAAGCUGAAGCACAAGAUCAGCAGCAGCCUACACAGAAUACGGGCAAUGGCUCAGCUUCAGGAGACAGGGGACACGACUUUGCGGACGAAGAGGAAGCUAUGCGGGAGAUGGACGGUUUGUGGUGAAAUCACAAAGAACAGUGAAUGAUAAUGGUAGGACAAUGGAUUUUGGGAUGGGGCCUGCAAAGGGCACAUCUACUUAGCAGGCGUUUGGGGAUUUUUAAUCUGCAUCAUUUUUAAAAUCAGAUUGCUAAAAGUACGAGGGUGGUAUCAACGGAUAAAUAGCAAGUAGACCACGUUAAUAGCAAGUAGACGAUGUUUCGUUUCUACUAGAUAUA